AUGACAGAUAAUAUUGACCACUUGCGGGCUGUCAUGGGAAGUGACGAUGACGACAAUGACAUGCAGUUUGAGACACGACAGACAGUGAGUGAGCAGCCAGCAACAACAUCGGGCAAUCGCAUCAGGCUCGUUCGACCAUCGUCGACCAUGGAUCGUGGAACGUGGAGCGAGUUUUCAAGUCAUCAAGAACCAGAGCGACCAUGUCAAGACACCAUUCGUUUAUUUGAUGGGGAGAAUACGCCACAAAACAUAUCGUCUUAUGGGUUCCUGCUUGGUAUUGCGUGUGGUGGCGGGCUUGUGUUUGCUUUCUUGUCCAACAGCUCGUCAUGGCAUGUGCCUCAGUUUGGAUUGUUCCUUGCAGCAUUGGCGUUGUUCCACUUUUUGGAGUAUCUUGCAACAGCUCUCUUUAAUCCUGACAAGCUCACUCUUGAUUCUUUCCUUAUCAAUCACAGUGCUCAUUAUCAUGCUGCUCAUGCUGUCGCUUUCUUGGAAUUCAUGAUUGAAUACUACUUUUUCCCAUCAUGGAAGACAUUUGGAAUGCUCAAUUAUCUUGGCCUGGCUCUUGUGAUUGUGGGACAAGCAUGCCGAACAGUGGCCAUGUUCUCUGCAAGACACAACUUUUCGCAUCACAUUGCUGAUUAUAAAGCAAAAGAUCAUGUUCUUGUUACUCACGGCAUCUACAGCAUUAUGCGACACCCCUCGUACUUUGGAUUCUACUGGUGGGCAGUCGGCGUGCAAUUCCUACUGAUGAACCCAAUUUGCCUCAUCCUAUUCAUCUAUUGGCUUCAACGUUUCUUUGCCGAACGCAUCACCUAUGAGGAAUACACCUUGCUACGCUUCUUUGGAAAUGAUUGGACUGUAUACAAAGCCAAGACACCUACAUGGAUGCCAUUGAUUCCCUAG